AAUUACAGGUAAUUACGACGAAAAUAAACGAUAACAAUAUUGACAUUGACACGAAUUUUACUUAUUUUUAACAAAAAAGGCUGUGAAAAAAUUAAGAAAUUCAAACGCGCUACAAAAACCUUGAAAUCAUUGAAAAAAAGUUUAUUUUUGAUAAAAUUGGCAACAGUGUAACACAAAUUUUCUUCAAAUUUCAAUUUUUUUGAUAAUUUUUGCCGUGAAAAAUUUGACUUCGUUAUUUUUUUUUUUGUGUGUGGAGUUAGGGGGGGGGGGGGUGUCGAGUAGAGAGAAUUCUGAAAAUUUGGUUGAAAAAAUUCAGUGCAAAAGUAGUGACCUUUUUUUCAUAAAAAAUUCCGUUAGGUACCGUGCCUGAGUUGUCAAAAAAUCCCCCCUUUUCUAUCCAAUAGUUGCAAAACAGUUCAACUUUUUUUUACAAAAAUUGCGAAAAAAAAGUACCUAUCUGCCUACCUAUCACUUUUUUGGCAAUAAUUGAAAGAAAGCCCCGCUUUUUGGAAAAAUUGUACAAUGUUUCUGUUCGUAUUUUGUAUCGAAUUCGUCGUUUUGGUAGAUGGAUUAUUAUUCGACCUAUUCGUUAAUCAUUUAUCUACUUACGUAUACGCUUUGUUGUAAAACAUUAGUUGAAAGUCAAUCUUUUUAUUUACGUUUCGGGCGCGAUUGCCACGACUUCGCGUAGUCUGUCCAAAGUUCAAAAAGAGCAACUUCGAAUCGCCUCUCCGUAUAUACACGUAGUUUAGCUAUGAAAUGAACGAGUAAUUUUUCGUGAUCAUUUUACUUUAUGUAAAUUUGUCAUGUUCGUUUUAUUUUAAUCGACGAGUUCCUCUAUUUCAACGAAUCGAAUGCAUUCCAGUUACCUAGAUUCUCAAGUCUACCUCUUCUCAGAAGCAAGUUCCGAAAUCUACAUAAUUUGGAAUGGGCACGAACUCCGAAGAACCGUUCAGUUUCUUGAAACAGUCAAUAUCAUUACAAAAUUUAGCUGCGAUUAAAGUAGCUUCGACCUUAUGGCAAAAUGAGUAUUACUCAAAGACUCGUUCUGAUAGUCUAACUGAAAAAUGGUCUGAUUCACUGCAGGGAUCGUUGAUGGAUUACCAUUCAUUCAGUUGUCGUGAUUCUUUCGAUGUUCCGUCUCACAUCAGAGAGAUUAUCGACAAUGUUAUUCUAAUCAGUGGUGAAGAGAUAAAACACUGGGAAAAAAAUUAUAUACAAGCGAUGAUGUACGCAAUACCACUUGAAUCACCCACAAGACUCGUUAAAAUAUUUAUAAAAAGCUUGGAUCGUAUCGCUUUGAAAUCAGACGGUACAUUUAAUUUUAAAGGAUGUGUAGAAAACAUACUAAUGAGCAGAAAAUUGCGCCGGACUGAAGAGUUUGCAAUUUCUUGUUUAUAUUGUCUGGAGAACUACGUCAGAGAAAUCUGGCCUUUAGUUUCGGAAAUGCUGAUCGCGUUUAAUAAUCCACCGUUGAUAGUGUAUUGGGAAAAAAUUCUGAAUAAUGUUGCGAUCGAAGAAUCAUUUGUAAGAGAUCUGCUUUCUGCUUCGGUGAGUGCUCGUAAUUGGUUGGCUUUCGAAUAUUUAUGGGAAAAGCUGACAGAAGAAAGUCAAACUCGAGAAGCAAUCGCAAUUAUUCGAGAUCACGAUUCGUAUUCUAUCAAACGUGUGCUAUUCAAGCUGAAUGAAAAACAGAUUCGAGAAAUAAGUGCAGAAAAUGGUCACUACCUUUUUAAACGGUUGCUAGAAAUGCAGCAUUACGAGUAUUACGAGUACGCGACGAAAUUCUGGCAUUUUGUGAAAAAUUCAAUUGGCGCAGAAGUAUUUUCAAAAAUUGUUAAACUGCUGUGGAAUGCGGUGUUCAAUCCUUCUAAUUAUCUGAUCUCACGAAUACAUCAAAAUAACCAGUUACUUUUUGAAAUAUGGCUCGAUGCUCCAAGCACGUUAAAAUCAUCAUUCGCCUUUGCAAAUGAAUUAUUCGCUACAUUGGAUUCGAAUGUGCGAGGUGUUCACCAUUAUGAUCUCACGUUCAUAUUCGAGUUACUGGAGAACACGAAUUACUCGUACCAGACGAAAGAAAAAUUAUGGCGGUAUUAUUGGCCUAGAUUAAUCAUUCGAGCUAAGUCUUCGGAUCUGGAGAAACUGAUGAAAUUAUGUUUCUCGAACAGAGAUGAAAUUCAACAGUUUAUAGAAAACGUUGAGACAACUUUGGAUGCAUCAUUGAGAUACUAUUUCACAGGUUGUGUAAAUUCAGGACUCUAUUCGGAGUUGUACGAUUGCUUGAAUUUUUUCACCGAAAAGCCAAAUCGUUUGGAAACCCUGAGUAAAAAGAUCAUCGUGUCGAAUUUAAACCUGAUCGUUUCGUACUCGUACGACGACGAUAAAUUAGCCAAGUGUUAUGCUUUCAUCAAGAGCACAUUUCGUGACGAACGAGCUGCUGAUAAGUUUUUGGAGGAGAUGAUAUUGAAUCCGGAAUGUUUGAGUUCAAUUUACAAAAAACUGGCCAAUGGUCGUUUCGAUAAUGUUAUUAGUUUGUAUAGCAGAUUUCUAACCUCUAGUCAACGUCUUCGAGAAAUAAAGCAAAGGUUCAUGGCAUAUUGUUGUGGUGAAUUUGCUCGUGGACGAAUUACCGGAUUCGAUGAGACAAGAUUUAACGAAUUUUCGUCUUGGUGUUCGUUAGAAGAAGAGAAGAUAUCGCAGUACAAAAAGUCUUUAGUUAUCGACGAUAUUUUUGAAAUAGUUUUGAAUAAUUUUAUGCAAGUACUUAGUCGUGGAUCUGAUGAGUCAAGUUUGGUAUAUCUUGACGAAUUUCUUCGAUGGUAUUUUGGUAGUUCGGAACAGGCUAAACUGUAUAAAUCGAAAAAAUUGUCCAAUUAUAACGAAUGGCCGGCCAUACGUACAAAUCUUAUUGUUUGUGGACGACGUGUCCCAGAAAUCGUCGAUAUGCUGCUGUUAUGGGGGUUUGAAAACGAUAAAAACAAAGCGAAUGAAGUUAGAUUAUCGCUGUAUAGAGAUUCCCUCCAAAUGACGUUGCCAGAGAAGUUUCUUUGAUGGUUUGAAAUGCAGUUCGAGUGAUUUUUGAAGUUAAUACGUAGUAGUAAAGUUGACAGAAGUAAACUAUUGACAUCUGGUUUUAAGACGUUGUUGUGUGUUAUAGAAUUGAAGAGCUUUUGUGUUAGGAUUGUCGAUGUAAGUUUGUAUUUUGUGAAAAUGAGGAAUCAUCAUUUUCGUUUCUAAAAUAUUUCUUUGAUUGACCUUGAAGAAAAUAAUGUUGACUAUUUUUUUUAUUUUCAAAUUUGAAACCCCAGCAGAAAAGUGACGGUAAAAGUUUCAAGGACCUCCCACAACUUUUUUCCGAAUCCUAUCUCUAAUUUUCAAAAAAAAAAAAAAAAAAAAAAAAGUCAAAA